AAACGCCACCAUGUUUGAUGGUCGCUGGACGACCAUCUUAGGACCUGGAAAUGGGGAACAGUGUCCUCCCAUUCCAGGCCCACAGCCGUGUCCACCGUGUGGACAAAGUGGAUGGCCGACGGUGGCGAUCAUAGCAUGUUGGCUAGCGGUCUUCGUCUUCCUUACGUGCAGUGGAACGUUCCUCCUUGCCUACUGCAAGCUUUUCCGAGGCCGCGUGCAGGCCCUCCUCAAUCGCCGCCGUGAUCCCCCUCCUCUUCGUCCUGCUCAACCGCAGCACCACGUCGUCGACGUCCCUGCAGAACCUGCCGCUACUCCCCUCGAAUCUGCCCACAAAGUCGCCCAUCGUGCCCACCUCCAGCUAUUCCCCAAUGCUCCUCAAACCCUCCUCCCUCACUCUCCGUCACGAACCCUUUUUCUCCCAAUUUCGUCCCACGCCCUCUCGUCCCACUUCGCCGUUCCGACCGUAUCGCGACCCGCAUCCCAACUUCCAGAAGAUCACGACCCGGCCCCUCCUAAAUACACCGUCCACCACAACCACCUUCCAACCAACAACGACUCGGCCCUCCUUAUGUACACCGUCCACCACUUUUUUAUAUAUAAUUAUAAGGAUACGUCGACACAUGGCAUUUCCAUGACUUAUAACUUAUAAAAUAAGUCACACGUCAUAAUUUUAAGUUAUAAUUUAUA